GCUUCUGGGAUGUACAUACGAUAGAUAUGGAAAUGAACCAAAUACUACGCGACUGAUCUGUGACAAAUCACCGCAUGUGAAGACAAAACCCCAUACACGGCAGAACACUGGAAAUCCUCUGUCCGGCUAGAAGCCAUAAAACCGACACCUCUUCCCUCAACAUCAUCUUGCCAAGUACUCCUGUCAAUGCGAUUUAGCUUUGCAUGAAUCCCUCCGUUCUGGCUUGCAGGUUCAGGACAAAUCGGGCGGCGUUGAAGAAGGGGAUUCUGUGAGCACCUUAAACGCGUCUCCGAGCACCCCGAGCUUUGCUAUCAGGAUGGCAUUAACGAUCUGCACAAGAUUUACUGAUGAAUAUCAGCUCUUCGAGGAACUGGGAAAGGGAGCUUUCUCUGUGGUCAGAAGGUGCGUGAAGAUCUCCUCUGGACAGGAGUUUGCUGCCAAAAUAAUCAACACCAAGAAGCUUUCUGCCAGAGAUCAUCAGAAGUUGGAGAGAGAGGCAAGGAUUUGCCGUUUACUCAAACACCCCAACAUUGUAAGACUACAUGACAGCAUAUCAGAAGAGGGAUUCCAUUAUUUGGUGUUUGAUUUAGUCACAGGAGGAGAGCUGUUUGAGGACAUUGUUGCCAGGGAGUAUUACAGUGAGGCGGAUGCAAGCCACUGCAUACAGCAGAUCCUGGAGAGUGUCCAUCACUGCCAUGUGAACGGCAUAGUCCACAGAGACCUAAAGCCUGAGAACCUUCUAUUGGCCAGUAAGCUGAAGGGGGCGGCGGUCAAGUUGGCUGACUUUGGGCUGGCUAUCGAGGUGCAGGGCGACCAGCAGGCCUGGUUCGGGUUUGCGGGAACCCCGGGCUACCUGUCCCCGGAGGUGCUGAGGAAAGACCCGUAUGGAAAGCCCGUUGAUAUGUGGGCCUGUGGUGUCAUUUUGUACAUUCUGCUGGUUGGGUACCCUCCAUUCUGGGAUGAGGACCAGCAUCGUCUCUAUCAGCAAAUCAAAGCUGGGGCCUACGAUUUCCCUUCUCCAGAGUGGGACACAGUGACCCCUGAGGCCAAGGACCUGAUCAACAAGAUGCUGACCAUCAACCCCAGCAAACGCAUCACUGCCACAGAGGCCCUGAAACACCCCUGGAUCUGUCAACGCUCCACUGUGGCCUCCAUGAUGCACAGACAGGAGACUGUGGAGUGCUUGAAGAAGUUCAACGCACGGAGAAAACUCAAGGGAGCUAUAUUGACAACUUUGUUGGUCACACGAAAUUUCUCAGCAGCCAAAAGUUUACUGAACAAGAAGGCCGACGGCGUCAAGGUGAACAACAAAGCCAACACAGUGACCAGCCCCAAAGAGACAGGCCCUGCCCCUGCACUGGAGCCACAGACCACUGUCAUUCACAACCCUGUCGACGGAAACAAGGAGUCGGUUGAGAGUGCCAACACCACCAUAGAGGAUGAGGACGUGAAAGCCCUCCGCUUGGGCAGCUUAGUGGGCAGUUUGUUGGGCUCUAAGGGCCGCUCUUCCCAGAUGUCUGAGCCAAGGCAGAGUCCCACCUCCUCAGUGCAGACCUGCUCCAAUAACAAUAAAGCUCGCAAACAGGAAAUAAUCAAAGUCACCGAGCAGCUUAUCGAGUCUAUCAACAAUGGAGACUUUGAGGCUUAUGCGAAGAUCUGUGACCCUGGGCUCACUUCCUUUGAGCCUGAAGCCCUGGGCAACCUUGUGGAAGGACAUGACUUCCACCGCUUUUACUUUGACAACGCUCUGUCUAAAGGCAACAAGCCGGUGCACACCAUCCUGCUGAACCCCCACGUGCACCUGAUCGGUGAGAACGCGGCCUGCAUCGCCUACAUCCGCCUGACCCAGUACAUGGACGGCAGCGGCAUGCCCCGCACCAUGCAGUCCGAGGAGACCCGCGUCUGGCACCGCCGUGACGCCAAGUGGCAGAACAUACACUUCCACCGCUCCGGCGCCCCCAGCGUGCCGUCCCAGUAAAGAUAAUGGCAUGUGAAGAUUUGGUAAAUAAAUAAAAAAUCCCAUCAGAAAAUCUUUGCAGGGGUCAGUCAACUAGCAAACCUCUGACCAUUAUCAGAACCCAAGCCCUCAAUAAGGACAUCGCACAGGACAAGAGUAUUAAUACGUUUUACUGCAUUUUGUUAAUGGACAUCCUUCAAACCACUGAUUGGUGGUCACACACACCAUAUUUGGACAUUGUCAAAUGAGCAUAUUAAUUCUAUUUAUCUUUUGUUGUUUUUUUUAAGAUGUUUUGGUAUGCAUUUUAAAUAUGAUAUAUAGAGAUGUUUAAAUUCUACUACUGUAUCCUCUCCCAAAAAUUAGUUCUGUAUUUUUAUGUGUAAUAAUGUGUGUGCAAUACAAAACAUUUGAAAGAUCAGAAUGUUAAAAUUAAGCUUGCUUUAGUUCUGGUGAUGUAUAUAUAUAUACAUUGUGAUUGUUGAUAUAAAACAAAAGUUGAAAAUUGCUAUUCUUGCUAUCAGAGAAAUUAAGAGUUUACGUAAACCGAGUUUAUCAGCUACAUUUAUGUUUGCAAUGAGCUAAGUCAUACUGUUUAAAUCGUCAGAUUUCAACCUAUAACACUAAUUUAAUUAUGAAGUAAAGCAGAGCAGCUUAUACUUUGCAUUAAGAUGUUUGCCUUUAUAUCAGUUAAAUAAGAAAUAAGAGAAUGUAGCAUAUAUGUAACAUAUGAAAAAUCAAGUUUAUUGUGUAGUGCAUGGGGGGGUAUUGUGAGUAAGACACUAUAAUAUCUUCUGUUUGAUUUGUGAAUCGCUGACUUGUUUGUUUGUUUGUUUGCAUUUGUUAUUGUUGUGCAUCAGUCCUCCGUGUUCUCCAAUGUCCCUGCUGUCCUCCACUACCAUGGAGCCGUCUCAAAAAACAAUCACACAUUUAUGAUACAUAUCCAGUGCAAAUUUCAAACAUGAAAAUAUUUAAGAGGAGAGUACAACUAACUCUUGGUUGUGGAAGCACCCCUUAACAUUUUGUAUAAAAAAUAAUAAUAUGACGAGAAUUUCUUCAUUUUCAUAAUGUUUGUACUUAUUGUAUUGUACGAUUUUGUGUAUGAUUCCCGUCGUCUCCUUUGUACACUCGGGUGUGUUCACACAUCACAGGAAUGAAGCUUACAUAAGUGCUGGAGAGCUGUGGCAGCCUCGCUGGAAGACUCUCGGAACUGGGACCUGGAGCCUAGCCUGCCGGGCCUAUGGAGCAGAACUAGUUGCGAUCAGGAAACGAUAAUACAAGUGAUGGAAACAGAGGGCCGGGAAGAGAGAGCGAGAGGUACGGGAGAGUAGAGGUAGGAUUUGAGGGUGGUGCAAUAGAUUCGGUGAUGUCUUCCUUGAGGAUAACUACUUCCACUACGAGUCGGUGCAGGUCCCCGAGCCACGCGCAGCGAAGCCUGGUUCCUCUUCAUUCCUUCUCGUUCUCUCUUUUGUUCAUUCGUUUAUUCCUCCUUUCUUUUUUAGGGUAAAUGAUGAUGUCAAUGCAAUGCACCACUCCUUAUAUGGUGUUUAUAUCCUGUUGCCAACAUGGCAAAAGUUGGCUGAACUAAUGUUUAAGAACUAAAUAAAUCAACUAAG